AUGCUCAUGGCUGUCGGCGCCGUGAUUGUUGUGGAGGUUGGAUUGAUCGCUUAUACACUUUGCAAGCAGCGCAGGUACAUCAAGAGCUCGGAGCGCAAGGAAGACUUGACGCAAACAGUAGGCGAACAGGCGUAUGUGGUGUUUUCUGAUUGGUACCGUCUUGAACGCAUGCAAGAAGAAGAAGCUUAUAUAUUGGAAGUCCUUGAGCAGAAGAAGGCGCGAUAUGAAUAUUACAAGGAACAUGUACCAGCUGUCUACGAGAAGCUGAGGUUGGCUGGAUGGGUUAAGUAG